AACAUUUAGCCAACAUUUCAGAGCAACCUGAAGCAUUGAAUGGCGCCACCUGAAGUCUGUUAGCUUUUGAUGGGCGCUCAUUCAGUUAUGUUUAACUGGCAGGUGAAUUAAAACGCUCUCUGCGGUCGCUCGCUUCGGUUGCUUUACUCUGCUAGUAAACGUUUUGAGGUCUAGCGAUUUUGAACAAUAAUAAUUGUGAGCUAAAUUAAGCUCUUCAUAACGUGACGGUUUAGCAUAGCAGUAGGGCAUUGAUCUUAUCAAAGAGUCGGGAGAAGAGUAUAGAUUAGAAUGAUGUACUUGUUGAAAUGGUUGAAGUAUAUUAGCGGAAAUAGUUUAAACAUACAUGUGCUAGUGUUGUGAACACGACGUGUAAUGAAACUGGAGUUGAAAUAUAUUGUGUAAAAUGUAUUCGUUCGACAAAGAUACGACCACGCUGUACAUAUUUAUGUUUCUUGUGAUUAUGUCAGUAAUAGAACGAAGUUCCAUGGGAUUCCAUUUAGUAGUGGAAAAAAACAAUAAUUUAACGUUGGGAAAUGAAAAGGUUGACGAAAGAAAUUUACAUAUGUUCCUUGAUAAGCACGAAAGACUGUUGCUAUUUGGUGAUUACGAUAUGGAUAAUUUCAUGAUCGUGAACGUGCGUCGAAGAAAACGGGAAAGUAGAUCGUUUUCAGGAAACCGAUUUGUACAGUUCAAUAUCGACAGCCUAGAUAACUUUUUUUUUCUGAAUCUGAAAAAGGCCGAAUUUUUAGUAGACGACUCAUUUGCUUUUAUCGAACAUUACGAUAAUGCCACAUUAUUACUGGACAAUUCAUUUGCCCACGUAAUGAAAUUUAAAGAUUGCUUCUUUCUAAAUGAACUUGCGGCAUUCGACUUGUGUGAUGGCAAUAUUCGAGGUUUGAUGCAUUCAACUAAAAGCAAUAUUAUCAUACAUCCACUUCCAGAGAGAUUUGGUACCGGUGCUCACAUUAUAGUAAAUAGAAAACAUGUGCAAAACAAAACACAUAAAAGCAGUGUAAGCAGCAGCAGAGGAAGUCUGCUUGGACUUAAUGAAAUGGAACAGAUACAACGAGCAGCAGAACAUCGUUCCAAGAGACAACUAGUAAAUGCUCCUAAAAUACCGGAUGAUUUCCAUGUGGAAAUCGCUAUUUUCAUAGACAAAGAUCUUUACCGGCACAUGAUGAAAAACUACCCAAAAAACACUGAAGCGUCGCUUAUAAGAUUUAUACUGACUAUGAUAAAUGGUGUUCAACUUUUGUAUAAUCAUCCUUCCUUGGGAUAUACGAUAAAUUUCAUACUGAAGCGAUUGGAAAUCCUACAUAAUGAACCUAAAGGCCUAAGGAGAUCUAGUGAUAUUGAUAUCUAUCUACAUAGCUUCUGUAAUUGGCAAAAAAAACUUAAUCCUCUCUCCGAUGCCGACCCAGUGCAUUUCGAUCAUGCCGUUAUUUUAACAGGAUUGGAUCUUUUCGUUGUCAGUAAGAAUGGAAAAAAGAGCAAUCAAGUAGUCGGCCUUGCACCUGUAGGUGGAAUGUGCACGACUAGCUCUAGCUGUACCAUCAAUGAGGGCAAGCACUUUGAAAGUGUAUUUGUCGUUUCACAUGAGAUAGGGCAUAAUUUAGGAAUGCGACAUGAUACUUCAGAAAAUAACUGUGAUCCGAGCUUGUACAUCAUGUCUCCAACAUUGGGCAGUGGCAAAAUAUCGUGGUCCACAUGUAGUCGAAACUAUUUAAAUGCAUUUCUGAAAACAUCUCAAGCAACGUGUUUGUUCGACCGUGGCCGUUUCGAAUCCUCUCUUGAUCACACGAAAGAAGGCAAGCUUCCGGGUGAGCGAUUUGAUGCAGACCAGCAAUGUCAACUAAAAUACGGUAAGGAUAGUGGUAGAUCGAAAAUGCAAGACAUUAGAGAUAUUUGUCAGGACCUGCAUUGUCAACGGGAUCGGUACAUAUGGAACUCACAUCCUGCAUUAGAGGGAACAAGUUGCGGGGAUUUUAAGUGGUGUAGAACUGGAGUUUGUGUUUCGAAAAUUGGAAGUCUCUCCAAGCAGUCGGAACGAAUAACAGGGUUCAAAACUAUUGACAAAAAAACAUUCAUCGAUGGAUUGAAACGGACACGGUUAAGGCAGGAUUUAUCCAAAACCAUCAGUAUUUAUCCCACAUGGAGUGCCUGGAGUGACCCUUCAGAGUGUGUUUCCGGUUGCUUGUACGGCGAAUCAGGAAGACUUAAAGAUGGUAGCACUGGAUUUCGACAGUACACAAGAAGAUGUCUUGACAAACGCAAACGCUGUUUCGGUGCUAGUCGAAUGUAUGAGACAUGUAUUCCCAAACAGUGUUUCAACAUUGUUCGGACCACCGUACCUGAAUUUUCUAACCAAAUUUGCGGACGCGCCAAGGAGUUUGAUGCCGACAUUAUAGGACAUGGUCUACAAAAAUUUUCUAGAGAUCCUGAAGAUGCUUGUAAAGUGUUUUGCUACACGAAAUCGGGGAUAACCAAGAGCAAAAGCUGGAUUUACCCUGAUGGUACUACGUGCAAGAUUCAAAACGGAUAUCCCGACCACGCCUACUACUGUGUCGGUGGUCGUUGUGAAGCGUUCAGCUGUGCUAAUGUGUCAAAUAACUACUAUCAAUUACACUCUACGUUAUGCCCAGAUACCAACCAUAUGGAUAUAUCGGUCAACAGUUUACAGCAAGGAAAUGGUCGGAAGCAAACAGAUGUAGAUUUCCUUGACAAUAAUCAUUCGCGAAAAUUAAGAACUGGUGGCACUACCCAUUAUGGAUUCAUCGAUGAUCGUAAUGUGACUGCAGAAUCAAAUCUGUUCCAUUUAGUGAAUCAAUACAGCCGUCGCUAUGGAGCAACUAAGGAUUAUAUAAGAUUGUCCGACGCACCAAGACGUAAUCAUAACUGGGAAACAAAAUCAGGAUGUCACUUCAGUUGCAUAGAACAAAGCAAAGGUGUACAAACUGUUAUCACACAAGACGGUGAAAUGACGAAUAUCCAGCUUUGCAACAUGAACACCAUAGCAUGCGAUCUGGUAAUAACAGUCCAUGAAUUCGCUUCGAAGUUGUGCAAGCACUAUCAGCAAAAGGUUAGACAUUUAUCGGGGAACGGAAUGCAAAUAUCUUCAACGAUAGAUGAUCCCAACCGUAGCUGCCGGGUAGCUUGUCAAGAUGUUUCGAUAAGCCAUCGAUUCUAUCUCGUGAAUGGCAUACAAGGCCACUUUCCUACUGGGUCACGUUGCAGUCAUAAACGUUACAAUCGAUACUGUGUGAAAGGGAAAUGCCUGCAAUUUGAUGAUGACGGGUUUCCAGUGAAUAGCUCAAGUAGGUUACAGUUUGGACAAAUUCAACGCCACGAAACAUGGAUUGCCAGUCUGUCGUCUACUUCAACAAAAGCGCCAAUUAUGGAACCUGUGGAAAUUUCACAAACUAUAAUUGAUAAUGGCAGCAUGAAUUAGCUUUGCAAAUUUGUUACCCACAAUUUUUUGCUUUUCCUAAUAAAUGUGCAGAGACCAGCUUCUACCGCAAAGAGAAAAUCUUUGGCGGAUA